AUGCGCCGCGCCCUCGCACACCUGCAGCGAUGCAGCAUCUCCAGCAGCACACGACACGCGUCGUCCACGGCCGAGACAGCCCUGCGCGCCGCCGCCGCACAACAGCAGCAGCAACGGCGCGCCGACGCGAAACGACGGGAGGCCUCGAAGCGCUGGCGCGCGGGCGGCCGCCUCCUCGACGAGUUCCGACGGCUCGAGCGGGACAAGGCCGCGACGCGCGAGGAGACGCGGCUGGCCGUGAUGGUCGCGUUGAAGCGCAACGCGCUCCAGCGGCCGGCGCACGUCGCGGCGGCGGCGCGCGCGCUCGCGGCGCGCGGCGACGCCGCGGGCGCGGCCUGGCUCGUGGGCAGCAGCCCGGCUCGUGGAUUGGUCAACAACGCGGCCUACGCCGCGGCUUUGAAGGCCUGCGGUAAAGCCGGGGACAGGGAGCGCGCCGAGAAGCUGCUGCACGAGAUGCGCGAGAAAGGCGUCGAGCCCGACGGCCUCGCGUACGCGGGCGCUAUACGGGCGGGCGUCGACGGCCUCCUGGACGCCGCGCUUGAUUUAAAGGAGGAUCCGACGAAAGUCCUCGCGCUGCGCGCCGCGCUGCGGCGCAUGAAUUACGAGGAGGCGGCGGAGGUCGUCCGAAACAGCCCGCUGGCCGAGGAGGCCGACGGCGUCUACGUCGCGCGGCGCUGCGCUUCAGCUGGAGACGUCGCGCGGACGGAUGCGGUGGCAUCGUCCUGGCCGUCAUCGCAACGGUGCCUCGCGGCGCGCGUAGAGGCGCGCGGCAACAGCGGCGAUGUGCGCGGGGCGGUGGAGCUCGCCGAGGCGGGCGAGCCGAUCUAUCCAGUCGUCGCGAACGCGGCCAUGCGGGCCCUCUCAUUAAUUGGAGACGGCGCCGGAUCGAUGGCGUUCCUAAGACGAUUACCGGAGACGGCAAUUGACAGAGGCACCUACCUCCUGGCCAUGCGCGCGCACAAGUGUGAUGCCGACGGGUGCCUGGCCUUGUUCCGGGCUUGCGAGCCGGCGACGGGCGAACCGGUGGACGAGAAGCUUGUCGCCGCGGCGCUCGAGGCGCUCGCGGAGGCGCGGCGCCACGACGACGCCGCCGAGCUCGCGCGCGACGCGGCCCGGCGCGGGAUUGGCCUGGACGACCGCGGCGCCGCGGCGCUCGUGCGCGCGUCCCGGCGGAGUGGCGACUGGCAGGGCGCGCUCGACUUGCCGGUAGUAGGUCCGCUGUCGGCGCACGCCGCGGUCGAGGCUUGUAGAGCCGGAGCGGACGCCGACCGAGCCGUGCAAAUCGUCGAGGGCCUGGAGGCGCCGUCGCCGGCCCUGCUCGCCGACGCGGCGGCGGCGUGCGACGAUGCUCACGUAGAGGCCGCUGCGAGGAUCUGGCGCGCGGGCGUGCAGGCCGGACUCUAUCCGACCCCGGCGCGCGGCGACGACGUCUUGACCGUGGACGCUCACGCCAUGACGGCGCCACUCGCCGUCGGUGCGGUCGUCGGCGCGUUGCAGGAGUGCGGCGACGCGCAGGCCGUCGUGGUCUUGACGGGCGACGAGGACCUCAAGCCCCAGCUGCGGUCGCGGUUGGAGGCGCUCGGGAUUGAGUUGGGGGCGACGGCGAACGCGGGGGCGCUGGUCGUGCCUGGGGCGGAGGCGCGGGGGUUUUGUACUAGUGGGUAA